GCACACACGCGUCGUCUGCACAGUGCGCACCGGAUGGGUCUUUGUUUACUACGGCCGUCCGUACGCUGAUGAUAUCCGCCGCCGUUGCCGUUUGACCGUUUACUCCGUUCGCUUUUUUUCGACCGUUUUUUUACUCUGUCGUCCGUCGAUUGCCCGCUCGUUUCCUACGGUUAACGAUACGUCCGAACCAUCGUGUCCGUACACGGUAACGUUAACCACAUCGUUUGUUCGCGUAGCCGGUUGAACGCGCCGGCCGAGUCCGUUGGGUCCGAGCGCGCCGUCGUUUCCAUUAUCAUUUAUCGUCCGUUUAUCGUAAUUCAUCGUAUUCAUAAUUAAAUAAUAUUUGGCACCUGUGUCCGCCGGUCCCGAUGUUCAAGUCGCUUACACAAGACGGUGGCCAUUGACGACGUGAAAACGACGACCCGCUGCUUCUGCUCUGACGACUGUUCUCCCAGAUACAAGGUACACCCCGUACCCGCCACCGAUGUCGAGUCCCACUGUGGUGGCUCAUCGACGAGCCACUCGACCAGGCGAUGUCGUCUGUCGGUUCGAUUAGAACGUCGCAUCGCACUGUUGCCGUGCUCGAGACGCUGGUGAUGCGACUGCGGUACGAUGAAAGUCACCGUCUGCUUCGGUUCAACUAGGGUCAUCGUCCCCUGCGGACGAGGAGAAAUAUUGGUCAGAGACCUAAUUCAUCAGGCCAUCACUCGUUACAAGAAAGCCACUGGAAAGAGCUCAAAUUCAUGGGUGACCGUCCACAGUUUGCAGUCUCAGAGUGAUGGCGGUAUCUUAGAUCCAGAUGAUCGUCUCAGGGAUGUGGCAGAUGAUAGAGAACAAAUUGUCGCACUCUAUGACGAUGGUGACAGCAAUAGCCCUCACCAACACGGUGGCGGAGAUGGAGCUAGCGCUACCUCUAGUCCGGAUAUGUUCCACAGCCGAGGAGAUGGAUUACAAACCGACAUUGAAGUCACUAAUGAACAAAUUGCUUGUGGUUUCCCAGCUUUACAUGUUCGUAGAGGUAGUGAACCAGCUCUUAAUCAAUUACCACUUGAAUGUCCAAACAAUGUGGGAAAAAGAAAUAGCAAUACUAGACCUGCAGCAUCAGGUCAAUCUAAACGAUGGUCAGCAGCUCCUAUGAUUCACGACCCUAAAGAAAAAUUAAGAACCGAUGAUUACAUGAAAAUCAAUGGUUUUGGUUUAUCUGACAAAUGGAGGUGUUCUGAAGAAGAUGAAGAUGAGUUAGAAUUAGGGGAUGAAGAUAAACCACCAAUUAGCAAUCAUUUUCUAGCACCUUCAUUUAAUCGUGAUUCUUCAAAUCGUCUAUCAAUGCAGUUUUUAGGAGAAUCAUCAAGUGGAUUUCGAUGGGCAGAAGCUGCUGAUUUAGCAAAUAAUCGAGCUUUAUCAUUAUCAUUACCAAGAGACCACAGAAGAAAAGAACCUUUGGGCCAAGCAAAUACAAAUCCUAGUCGCUUAAUAGAGUCACAAAACACUGAAUUUAUAGUGUUAAGCACUGGUGGUGGCUCAUUAGGUAUUCAUGUUGUCCCAGAUUAUAAUGCUCUGGGCAAAGAACGUGGUCUUCUGGUUCAAGGUAUUGAACCUGGUGGUCGGGUACAUUGUGAUGGUAGAUUAAAAGUAUAUGAUCGAAUUGUAGAAAUCAAUGGCCGUUCAUUAUUGGAUCAACCAUUCAAUGCUAUACAAGAAAUAUUCCGAGAUUCACUGCAUUCUUCAGAGCUCAAACUUAGAGUAAUAAAACAUAAAAAUAAUAUGGACCUUCAAGCUAGUCAAAAUACGAUAUCUGGUAAUAAAAAACAGCCACCACCUCCAGUAUUUCCUAAACCAUCCUCAAAUACCACUACAACUUAUAAUAAUAAAGAAAAUGUCUCUACUGGAUCAUCUGAUAAAGAUAAAUUUACCUCAAAUACUAAAAUAGCCACUGUUUCACCAACCAAAAAAAUAUCAGCAUCAACACAUACAGCAUCCAAUAUUUUAAUGGUGGCUAAUACAAGAAAAAUUGGAAAGAAAAUGGAAUUAGAACUUACUAAAGGACUUCAUGGACUUGGAUUUAGUAUAACAACCAGAGAUAAUCCAGCUGGCGGAAACUGCCCUAUUUACAUUAAAAAUGUGUUACCAAAAGGAGCUGCUGUAGAAGAUGGAAGAUUACGACCUGGUGAUCGAUUGUUAGCAGUUAAUGGUACAGAAUUGACGGGCAAGACUCAAUCUGAAGCAGUUGCUAUAUUGCGAAAAGUUCCAUCUGGUGCAAAGGUUAAAAUUAUUGUUUCUAGGCAGGAAGAUGUUGUAAUUAGCCAAGUUGGACAAAAAUCUAAUCAAGAUCUAGAAGAAAAUCAUGAACGAGAAGUAGGGCUUUCAUCAGACAGUCAAUUAGUAGAAACAAAUGAAAAAUCCAAUAAUAAUAAUAAUACGGUUCAGGAAUAUGUUAAAAGCUUAGAAGAAACACAAACAUUCCCUUGGAGACAUAAAGAAAUACUGACUUUUGACAUUCCUGUGCAUGAUUCAGAAAAAGCUGGUUUAGGUAUUAGUGUAAAAGGUAAAACAUCAUCUAAUAAUAAUUCUAAUGAUAAAGAAUUUUCUCAAGAUUUAGGUAUAUUUAUUAAAAAUGUUAUCCAUGGUGGUGCAGCUUCAAGGGAUGGUAGACUACGUACUAAUGACCAGCUAUUAUACAUAAAUGGUAUGUCAUUAAUUGGUCAAACUAAUGCAGCAGCUAUGGAAACAUUGCGUAGAACUAUGAUGAAUGUGGAUCCUGGGCCAGUACCUGGAGCUAUCUCAUUAAUAGUAGCUCGUCGACGUAAUAGUUCUCCAACAUUAGAUAGAAGACGUAGUCGUGACUCCUCUUCAAGUCUUCUAACAGAUUCAUCGGCAAACACUGAAACAUUUAGUCGAGCUGAAAGUAGUGAUAGUAGUACCCAAAAUACGGCAGAAAAUUCUGGAACAAGUGAAAACUCUGAUACCACUGUUAUUUUUAUGCAUCAAAGACAAAGUUCAGAGAGUUCAAAACGGAAUACAUUACCUACCGAUACUUCUCCAGAUGGAAUUGCAAUUCGUAAUCCAGUUUUGGAAAGGUUAACUGGACACACAAAUCGUUAUAAUGCAUUACGCAAUGAAAGUUAUUAUAAGGCUACUCAUCAAACGACAAUUAUGUUGAAAGAAGAAGAAAAAUUAAACAGCCCUACUGUAAAUCCAUCAUCAGAAGAAAUGUUAAUCAUUGAAGAAGACCCACCAAUUUAUAAUAGUGUUAGUCGGAAAAAAAUAGAGGAAGAAAAACCAUCACCAAUUGUAACUCCACAAACAAGGACUGGUUCAACUAGUACUGAUGUUACUUAUGCCAGCCAAUUAUCAUUGGAUAAUGCCAACUCAGGAUUUUCAAGAGAUGCAUUUGGACGGCAAAGUAUGUCUGAAAAACGACAUGCGACAUUAGAUGCUAAAAAUACCGAUACAUAUCAAAGAAAUAAGAAAUUGCGCGAAGAGCGUGGAGAUGAUACGAAAAGUCGCAACAGUUUUCCAUCAAAACACCAACUUGGUCCUUCUCUUGGGUUGAAAAAAUCAUCCAGUCUAGAAUCAUUACAAACAAUGGUUCAAGAAGUGCAAAUGACUGAUGGUGGAUCAAAACGAGGCAAUGUUAAAGUAGUGCGUGGUAGAGGAUGUGAUGAGAGUUUUAGAGCUGCUGUUGACAAGGAUGGUCCAUUGUCCUUACAUGAACUAAGAUUGGAAACAUAUGGAAAGGAAAGUGAUGAUCAUCCAAUUGGUCGUAGACAGUCUUCACUUCAUUCUCCAAUAAAUUACAAAGCUCCAAAUUUACCACCAGCCGUUGCCAAAAAAAAACCAGGAUUACUUAAAGGGAUAGGUUCCAUGUUUAGAUUUGGUAAACCUCGGCGAGGACCAGAUUUAAAUGGUACUUUAAGCUCAGAAGAAGAUAAUUCUGCUGACCGUGAACGAGAAAUAGCUAGAAGAAAUGCUCGUGAUGAACAACUUAGAAUACAAGAACAAUACCAAAGACUAAUUCAGCGACAGGCAGAAAUGCAAGAACAAAAUAACUGUAGAGAAGUAGCUAUAGAUGAUGGUACUACUACUAAUUAUAAUAACAUGCCGGCAAAACCAUCUAAUCCUGAACAAUCUCGUAUGGAUCGUAUCCAACAACUUAGAGCUGAACAUCAAAGAAGACACAUGGAACGUAGUGGAAAGUUAAUUCCAGAUGAGAGGGAAGAAAAUCAUUAUGAAUCUGAUGUUCGACCGUCCAUUGGUAAUACUCAAAAUGCAAUUAAUAGACCGGGUAGUCGUGUAGGUAUAAUUGAUUCUUCUCGAUUUAACCAUUACGUCAAUUUCCAAGAAAUACAGCAGAAUCUUAGUUUGAUGCAUGAAAUACCCGGCGUUAAGCUUCGACACCAUGGCAAAACAAAAAAAACUGUGUCUUGCUAUUAUGACACUGACGAUGAGAGCCGAAGACAAUUGCACUAUCAUUCUCAAAGACGCGACCCCAAGGAAUCUGUUGCAAGACCUAGUUCCAAUUAUUACGAAUAUGAAAGUGUGAUGAGAUCGUUACCAUAUACGACUGGUGGUGCAUCACGUCUGGUGGACAACAAUUCUAACUCGUUGACUAGACAAGUAGACAGUGUUACUCAAACUGCGGCAGUUGCAGCAAUGAACAACAACAAAAAUGGUGUUGCUCGUAGUCAAAAACAACAAUCGUUAUCUCGGCAUCAUUAUCCCGUUCCAGCAACCAAGUCACCAAACUAUGCGCUGUACAACUAUAGUGGUGAUGCUCAAGGUCACAACAGUGUCCAACAGCAACAACAACAGCAACCACUACACAGAGGAUCGGCAAACAAUAACAAUUAUGCUAGUGUUAUGUACCAUCAACAUCAACAACAGCUGCAAAGAUCUUCACCGCAACAAGGACCUUACAUAACCCAAGUAACCAUUCGUGAUAACAAACAUAUAAUACAAAGUCCUAACAUUUAAUACCAUAUUCCUUGUAGGAACAAUAUUUUUUGAUAAAAUUAUUAUUAAUCUCCUAUUAAACUAUGUUUUUGUUUUUUUUUUUUAUUAACACAU